GACAUUGACAUAACAUAAAAACAAAUAAUCGAGCUAGUCUUUGGUGAUCUUUAUGUGCAAGUUUUUUCGUUCAAGCAUUUUUCUGUAACUUUACUGAUUCAUUCAACAUUUCCUAGUAACAUGGGCAAACUGGUCUUGCUGCAGUGUUUGACCGGUCACAAAGGACGCGUUUGGGGUGCGGGAUGGCAUCCGAAAGGGAACAUACUGGCCACAUGCGGUGAAGACAAAACGAUUCGGAUAUGGGCAGAGGGUGACGAUGAAAACCAACGGUGGGCUGCUAAGGCAGUGCUUGCCGAUGGUCACAACAGAACGAUUCGCAACGUUGCCUGGUCUCCAUGCGGACAGUAUCUUGCAUCGGCUAGUUUCGAUGCUACGGUAGCUAUUUGGGAUAAAAAAUCGGGAGAAUUUGAAUGUAAUGCAACUUUGGAAGGUCACGAAAACGAAGUAAAGAGCGUAGCGUGGUCCAAAUCCGGUGCAUUGUUGGCAACCUGUAGUCGAGACAAAUCCGUUUGGAUUUGGGAAGUCGCUCAAGAAGAUGAAUACGAAUGUGCUGCGGUGCUAAAUUCGCACACCCAGGAUGUGAAGAAAGUAGAAUGGCAUCCACACGAAGACAUUCUGGCUUCGGCUAGCUAUGACAACACGAUCCAACUGUACAAGGACGAUUUGGCGGACAGUGACUGGAGUUGUUUCGAUACACUCGACUCGCACGAAUCCACCGUCUGGAGUGUGUCCUUCAAUGCAACCGGAAAGCGAUUGGCUAGCUGCAGUGACGAUCAAACAGUGAAAAUUUGGCACGAGUAUAAACCAGGAAACGAAUUUGGGAUAACCUGCCCGGACAAUGCACCGGUGUGGAAAUGUGUUUGCACCCUGUCCGGAUUUCACAACCGAACUGUGUACGACAUCAGCUGGUGCAAACAGACUGGUUUGCUAGUGACCGCCUGCGGAGAUGAUAUGAUACGUGUAUUCAAAGAGGUCACCGAUGCCAACCCAAAUGAACCCAACUUUGAGCUGGUGGCUUCCAAACAUGCACAUACGCAAGAUGUCAACACGGUUGAAUGGAACCCGCUGGUCCCCGGAUUGUUGGUUACAACCAGCGACGAUGGUGAUGUUAAGCUGUGGAAAUUUGAGGCAGACGAGUAGAAGACGCUGGUGCACUGUUUUUGCGAAAGAUGCACAGAAAAUAUGUAUUUAGCUAAAGAACAGAUUCCGUUAUAAAUAUAUUGGUUUUGAGUAAAAUUA